GUGUUUUAACGCGUGGUAAAUAGGCGGCGUUGAGACCCGGGGAAACUUUUCAACCCCAAAAUCACCGUCUGCCGCACAACUCCCGUUAAAACGGUAGAAAAAUCUAGUAGACUUUUCCGUCCCCGCCUCCCGACCCAUUCACAUCGGGCCAUGGCGCAGCAUACGUGCAGACAGACAUGAACACUUACUGCUAAAACCUGGAUUGUUGGUCACAGAAGAUUUUUUAAUGGUUGGUGGAAAGGACAGUCGAUGAUCUUACCGGUAACCCAUAACAUGGCCUCUCCUACCCACAGCAUAAGAGAAAUCGCUCUAUAUGUCUGCGUAUGGACAAUUUUAUUUGCUUCCGUACCGGCGCAAGCUCAGUAUGAGAAGUACAGCUUCAAGAGUUUUCCACAGUCGGAGCUGAUGCCACUGGAGUCGGCGUAUGGAUACGCGCUGGAGCAGUAUGGUGUUCAGAAUUGGAAGGAGAGUAUAAAAUAUCUGGAAUUAAGUUUACGGCUACACAGACUUCUAAAGGACAGCGAAGCCUACUGUAGCCAGAACUGCAGUCAGAUCAGCCGGGACCAUGACGAACUCUUUCAGGAUACCAGUCUUCGGAUAAUGGGACACUUUUUACAGCGGGCAUCCUGCCUUAAAAACUGCAAGAAGAACUUCCCGGUGUUUUCAGUAGCCUAUCCAAAGAGAGUGACCUUAGAGGCUUUUGAAAGAAGGGAGCCAUACCGGUACAUGCAGUAUGCGUAUUACCAGCUGAAUUACCUGGAGAAGGCUGUGUCAGCCGCCCACACGUUCCUGCAGAGGAACCCUGGAGAACCUCUCCUCACCAAGAACAUGAACUACUACAAGAGUCUCUUCGAUGUGGACGAGUAUCUCAUUGACCAUGAGGAGAAACUCUAUGAGGGUGCUUUUCUAAAAGCUGUGAAGUUGUUCAAUGCAGGGGAUUUCAGUAACAGUGCAUUUAACAUGGAGCAGGCGGCUACAGAGUAUUUGAAAGUAUAUGACCUCUGUCUCGCCGCCUGUGAGGGGUCAUACGAGGUCACAGAGUUCAAGGAUUUCUACCCCACCUUAGCAGACCUGUAUGUGGACGUGCUGACCUGUAAGGUGAAGUGUGAGGCCAAUCUCACGCCCAACGUCGGAGGCUUUUUCGUCGAGAAGUUUGUCGCUACCAUGUAUCACUAUAUGCAGUUCGCCUAUUAUAAGCUGAAUGACGUCCGCAGUGCAGCUCCAUGUGCCGCCAGCUACAUGCUCUUUGAUCCCUCGGAUGAAGUGAUGCAGAAGAAUAUGGUCUACUACAAGUUCUACAGAGAGCAGUGGGGCCUGGAGGAGGAACACUUCAAACCACGGCCGGAGGCUGUCCGCUACUUCAAUCAGACAGCUAAGCAGAAGGAAAUGCUGGAGUUUGCCCAAAACUAUCUACAGAUAGAUGACGAGGACGUAGUCAGUCCAGAGGAGCACGUGACUGGACCGGCCUCCCCACCGGACCAGGAGUUUGAGAGGAUCGGCGAUUACGAGGAGUCCUUCCUGGCCGAGUGGUGGCAGGAGCCCAAAACCAAAGGGGACAAUGGAGAGACAGAAGACAGAAGAGAAGUGUAGAAUGCAUAUGCACACACACACACACACACACACACACACACACACACACACACACA